GCGCCGUGUUAAAAGGGAAGUCUGAGGGUUUUUAGAGCUGCAGGUCUUCAGCCGACGCUUAGUUACCCUGAAGCUCCAAAGCUGAGCAGAUCGCCGAGCGUGAAGAAGAAGGAGAAUAAGACGAAACGGAGAGAUGCUGCCCUUCGCUCUGCUCCUCGCUCUGCUGCCCUUCACUGUCCGAGCAGGUCUGGACGUUCCGGAGAUCAGACUGAACUCCAGCAUGCUGAAGAAGACUGAAGUUGUUCUUCUGCCAGGAACUCAUUUCUCUCUGAGUUGUCUAGGACAGGCCAAAGUCGUCUGGAGGACCAGAGUCAACAACAUAAUUCGCAAGUCAAGAAACAUCCUCACUGUUAACAGCGCCACUGCAGACCACACAGGAACAUACAGGUGUAGCUAUGAGAACCACACUGAGCUGUUCUCCGAGCUCCACAUCUUUGUCAAAGAUCCAGCUAAAUUCUUCACCAGAUCUCUCACUAGAGUGAUCGUAGAGAGAGAAGGGUCAUCCUGUUUGCUAGACUGUCGUCCCACUGACCCCAAAGCCACAGCAUUCUCUCUCCGAUCAGCUGAUGGAUCUCCAGUUCAUCCUAAAUUGAAUUACACCGCAGAUCCCAGGCAGGGAAUCCUGAUCCGGGACCUGCAGCCCAGCUACAGCGGAGAUUACACCUGCAGUGUCAGCGUUAACGAGACUGAACGACUGUCCACAGUUUACUCCAUCGUGGUCCAGGAGAGAGUAAGGCCUCCCUCUGUGUUUAUUGAGAUGGAUGAAUAUGUGCGGAUUGCUGGAGAAACGCUGCAGAUCACCUGCUACACCAUGAACCAAGAUCAUACCUAUGUUGUCACCUGGCACGAUUCCUCUAAUAAGAUGCUGAAUGGGACGGAGACAGUGAGUAGAAGCCAAGAUCUGGUUCAUAUCAAGAGCGUUCUGACCAUUCCUGAGGUCAGUGUGUCAGACACUGGAAAUCUGACCUGUACAGGCCGGAACAGAUACGAAGAGAACAGCUCCACCAUCUCACUCACAGUUGUAGAUAAGCCAUACAUUCAUUUAACUCCGGUCCUGAAGCUGAGAGGUCGGCAGUUUGGUGCUGAUGUUGAUGUGAUGGAGGGAGAGCUGUUGGAGCUCAGCGUGGAGAUUGAUGCUCAUCCUCCCAUCCAGGAGAAGUGGUGGAGCACCCCCAGAACCCAGAACACAUCCAUCUAUGAGGAGAACUUUUACAGGAUUCACAGGAGUUACAGAAACGUUACCAGCCUCUUGCUCAGAGGAAUCAGAGCAGAUGAAAGUGGUCAAUACAUCUUCAGUGCCAGGAGCUCCAGUGUUAAUGUUUCUACACGCUUUAAGAUCCACGUGUACCAAAAGCCCAGUGUUGUGGUGAAAAUGAAGAAUGGUACUCUAACCUGUAUCUCCACUGGGUUUCCAAAACCAACCAUCCGCUGGCAGCAGUGUGAGGAAUUCCAAAGCACGUGUGGCCAGUGUAACAGUAGUCACUCGGUGGAUUUGCUGGCUAAACAGCUGACGUUGGAGCCGAUGGAUGAAUUCAGGCCUAUGGUGGAGAGUGUGCUGUCAAAGAGUAACGUAACAGGAAAUAUUGUGGAGUGUGUGGCUGUUAACAGCGUUGGAGAAAGCUGUGAAACCUACAUUAACUACUUUAUUCCAAAACCUUAUCCUAACAAGACUUUGGAAGAAUGGGGCUCAAAGAUGUUCACCACUCUCCUCAGUGGAGGGUCAGUUAUAACCGCUCUGCUUCUGGUUUUGUUGGGAAUUUGUGUCUACAAGUGCAAACAGAAACCCAGAUAUGAAAUCAGGUGGAAGAUAAUUGAGGCUAAUGAUGGAAACAAUUACACAUACAUUGACCCAACCCAGCUGCCGUACAACAACACGCGAUGGGAGUUUCCUCGUGACAGACUCACAUUCGGGCAAGUUCUGGGUGCAGGUGCUUUUGGUAAAGUGGUGGAGGCAGCUGCAUACGGUCUGGAUAAGGAUGAACAUGUCACUAGGGUGGCCGUGAAGAUGCUUAAAUCCAGCGCCCUCUCAGAGGAAAAAGAAGCCCUCAUGUCCGAGCUGAAGAUCCUGAGUCAUCUCGGACAGCAUGCUAACAUAGUGAACCUGCUGGGGGCGUGUACUCAGGGAGGUCCUGUUCUGCUGAUCACUGAGUACUGCUGCCAUGGAGAUCUGCUGAACUUCUUGCGCAGAAGAGCAGAGCUGUUCUUCAGCUCAGUGCUGCAGGAACCAGGAUCUCCCAACAUCUACAAGAACCUCUCUGACCAUCGGAGCCAGAUCGGACGGCACAGCGUCAACAGCUAUCAGGACAUGUCCGGUGUUAAAGACGGUUUACAGAAGUCCUGUGGCGGAGAAGAGGUGGACGCGCAGAUGCUGGAUCUGGAUGAUUUAGUCCGAUUUUCCACUCAGGUGGCUCAGGGACUGGAAUUCCUCGCCUCAAAAAACUGUAUUCACAGAGAUGUCGCUGCUCGGAAUGUUCUCGUGACCGACUGCUUUGUUGCCAAGAUCUGUGACUUCGGCCUCGCACGGGACAUCAUGAAUGACUUGAACUACGUGGUGAGAGGAAAUGCUCGACUGCCCGUUAAGUGGAUGUCUCCUGAGAGCAUCUUUGAAUGCAUCUACACUGUGCAGAGUGAUGUGUGGUCUUAUGGAAUCCUCCUGUGGGAGAUAUUUUCUCUGGGUAGAAGUCCUUAUCCAGAUGUUGCAGUUGAUGCUCGGUUUUAUAAGAUGAUCAAAGCUGGAUAUCACAUGGCACAACCAGAUUUUGCCCCGCCAGAGAUGUACACAAUUAUGAAGAAGUGCUGGAGUCUGGAACCAACCUUGCGUCCAACGUUUGGAAAAAUCGUACAGCUUAUUGCAAAGCUACUGCCUGAAUCCUCUGACCAACAAUAUAAGAACGUUCAGCAGGAGCUCCAGCAGAAACUUCCAUCCAUGCAACACGUUUCACUCAAAGCCUGCGAGGAUCCAUCUGACCGAACAACAUCUCAGGAAGAAGAGCAACAGCCUCUAAUGCAAUUAAAUAACUACCAGCUGUGCUGAACAGGUGACCUGUAGUGUUCGUGAAGAACCUUUACAGCAAAGUGAAUGGGUUCAAAACAGACCGUCACUGGAUUUAAUGGCAUUUCAUUGAUUUUUGUAUGUGUAUUAUUGAGGUAAAGCGGAAACUGUUUAAGGUCAGUCAGAGAGUGAAGUGUAAUCUGCUGAAAACUUCAUCACCACCUCAUCGGACUUUUCUUUAGCAUUAGGUUCUAAUCUUCCUGUUUCAGAAGAAUUACUUUCUUAUGUAGUCUAAUUUUAGAAACUCUGUUUCUUUCUGUGUCAGCAGCUGGUGAUAUAUGAGUGUAGAACGAUAUAUUUUAGCUAUUUUGUUUAUCAUUUUACAGUAGUAAUUUCACAGCUGUCAUUUUUUGCACCAGAACUUUUACACCAAAAGUGCUAAAAAGCAACUUUUUAGAAAAUUUUACUUUUUUAGCAUUUUGCCAUAUAAUCACUAAGCUUUUAUUUCUCUUUGCACAGUUCUUGAUGUACAGUUUGUACAGUCAGAUUUCUGACUAAAGUUCAUUUGAGAAGAACUUUUUGAAUUUUUUUUUUUCUGGACUAUGAAAAAGAACGUCUGAAAUUAUUGUGAACAUAUUCCACAUUUUAAAUAUGUCCAGAUAAAUUCUCACUAUUGCAACAGAAAACAAAUGACUGGGAACGACAAAAACUGACAAUUAAAUAAUAAAGUAAAAUCUGGUUUUAACUCUGUAUAUAACCAUUCACUUGUGGGUCUACUUUUAUUGUAUAAAAUGUUUUAACAAUUAAAAAAUUAUCAAUUGAA